GGGUUACGUCAAACAACAAAUCACAAGACUAGACCGAAAAAAUCUGCAAAUUAAAUUCUUGCAGUUUUGAGUUCCGAGAGUGAUUUUCAAGUGAAAAAGUGUUGAAAUCAUGUCGGGAAAUUUAGCAGGGGCGCCCCCAAAAAUCAAGGAAAUGAUGACGUCGCUGGACGACGAUAAAAUCGAUAUGUUGGCAGCCACUAGUGUCCUACAGCAAAAAGCUACCGAUAUUCGUAGCCAGAAAGUCAAUUGGCAGUCUUAUUUUCAAUCUCAAAUGAUAUCUCAAGAAGACUACACAUUCAUUGUGGCCUUUGAUGUGUCAGACAGCCAGCAGAAAAAUUCCCUAUUGAUGCAGGACAGAAAUCAGGCUGCCCAAACUUUGCUGAACUUGUUGGGGCACGUUUCCAAGGACCAAACCUUGCAGUAUAUUCUGGUGUUGGUCGACGAUAUGUUGCAAGAAGAUCGUAGUCGUGUCGAAAUUUUCCACGAAUACGCCAGCAAAAAGAAGGAAUCAGUCUGGGGUCCAUUUCUAAAUCUCCUCAACCGUCAAGACGGUUUCAUAACCAACAUGACGUCGAGAAUCAUCGCCAAAAUCGCUUGCUGGUCGCAAACGCCCAUGGAAAGGGCCGAUUUGCACUUUUACCUCACUUGGUUAAAAGACCAACUCAAGUCUCAGCAUGACGCUUUGGACGCCUUACAGUCUACAGGUUCACUUAGGGGCGAGGCCACAGAACAUUACUCCAAAAGUCAGUUCGAUGAGCAGGGGCUAUCGAUGGCUGAAAUUUCGAACAACGAAUACAUCCAAUCAGUAGGCAGAUGCCUUCAAAUGAUGCUAAGAAUCGACGAAUACCGCUUUGCUUUCGUCUCUGUCGACGGCAUUUCCACUUUGCUGAGUGUUUUGGCUGGACGUGUUAAUUUCCAAGUCCAAUAUCAAUUAAUCUUUUGUAUUUGGGUGUUGACGUUUAACCCGUUGUUGGCCGAAAAAAUGAACAAGUUCAACGUGAUUCCGAUUUUGGCCGACAUUCUUAGCGAUUCUGUUAAAGAAAAAGUGACUAGGAUUAUUUUGGCUGUUUUUAGAAAUUUGAUUGAGAAGCCUGAUGAUGCGCAAGUGGCCAAGGAACAUUGCAUUUCGAUGGUUCAGAGUAAGGUUUUGAAACAGCUACAAAUCUUGGAGCAGCGCAAAUUCGACGACGAAGACAUUAGCGCAGACAUCGAGUUUUUGUCUGAAAGAUUGCACUCUUCCGUUCAGGAUUUGAGUUCGUUUGACGAAUACGCUACUGAAGUGAAAUCGGGCCGUCUGGAAUGGUCUCCGGUCCACAAAAGCAAAUUUUGGCGUGAAAACGCUCAGAGACUCAAUGAAAAGAAUUACGAGUUGUUGCGCAUCCUGAUUCAUCUUUUGGAAACCAGCAAAGAUCCCCUGGUGUUGGCUGUGGCCAGUUUCGAUAUUGGAGAGUAUGUCAGGCACUAUCCACGAGGAAAACAUGUAAUUGAACAACUGGGAGGCAAACAACUGGUAAUGCAACUGCUCGCCCACGACGACCCCAACGUCCGCUACGAAGCCCUUUUGGCCGUCCAAAAGCUGAUGGUGCACAACUGGGAAUAUUUAGGCCGUCAGCUGGAACAAGAAGUCGGCGUCGACAAACCCGGAUUGCUGGCUGGCAAAGCGUAAUCACCUUUUCCUUCAUUUUAUCCAGCAGUAUUUUUAUUUUUUAUAGACAUAAGAGAAUUAGUUUGGAACCUAAACCGUCGUCCGAUAGUACAGUCACUUGGCUCAAGUAGGUCAAAGAAUAGUUUUUAAAAAAAGAAACAGUUACAUUCCCGAAAUGAAGUUUUACUAUGAUUUAUACAAAAAAAGGGCGUUGAUUAGGCUUCUAUAGUAAUUGUUGUAAUUUCAAUAAAAAUAUCUUUGUUAUUUGUGUAAUUAUUGUAAAUUUAAAAUAAUAUAU